AUGGAGGAAAUUGAUACAGAAUUCGAUAGGAAGCAUAUAUGGCAUCCGUAUACUUCAAUGGUAGAUCCAUUACCAUGCUAUCCCGUUGAGUCAGCUAGUGGUGUACGUAUCAAAACAUCAAAUAAUAAGGAAUUAAUUGACGGGAUGUCGUCUUGGUGGUGUGCAAUUCAUGGCUAUAAUCAUCCUGUUUUAAACCAAGCCUUAUGUGAUCAAGCUUCUCGAAUGUCGCACGUCAUGUUUGGAGGAAUUACCCAUGCACCUGCUGUUAAUCUUUGCAAGAAGCUCAUAAAGAUGACACACCCUAAAUUAGAUUGUGCCUUUUUAGCUGAUUCGGGUUCGGUCGCUGUUGAAGUUGCGUUGAAAAUGGCAUUGCAGUAUUGUCAUUCAAAAGGUCAGAUUUCAAAAAAAAAGUUCUUGACCAUAAAGAAUGGCUACCAUGGAGAUACGUUCGGUGCAAUGUCUGUAUGCGAUCCUGUUAAUUCAAUGCAUUCUCUAUACACAAGCUAUGUUCCAGAUAACCUAUUUGCUGAAGCACCCCAACUUCAAUUCAGCGAUAUUUGGAAUGAAAGCGAUAUAGAAUCCUUUAAAAUAUUAAUUCUGGAAAACUAUCAUACUAUUGCUGCUGUAAUAUUAGAACCAAUACUUCAAGGGGCGGGAGGGAUGAAAAUAUACCAUCCUCAAUACCUUAAGAGGGUAAGCGAAUUAUGUGAUACUUAUGGCGUUCUUUUAAUUCUCGAUGAAAUUGCAACUGGAUUUGGCAGAACUGGGAAAUUAUUUGCAUAUGAACAUGCAGACAUUUGUCCAGACAUUCUUUGUUUAGGAAAAGCAAUAACAGGAGGCUAUUUGACUUUAUCAGCUGUUAUUUCCACAAGGGAUGUAGCAGAUACAAUAAGUCUAGGAAAUACUAAAUGUUUUAUGCAUGGUCCUACAUUUAUGGGCAACCCUUUAGCUUGUCACGUUGCGAAUAAGAAUUUGGAAAUUUUGGAACAAGGUAUUUGGAAACUUCAAGUCAAAAAUAUCGAAAGACAAUUAGAAUCUGAACUUCUACCUUUAAAAGAUAUGGGCUAUAAACAAGUAAAGGACGUCAGAGUUUUAGGCAGCAUUGGAGUUGUAGAACUCAAUUUUGCAAUUGAUAUGGUUGCUUCUCAGAGGCAGUUUGUUGAUUUAGGUGUGUGGGUUAGGCCGUUUCGUAGACUAAUUUACAUAAUGCCACCAUACAUUAUUUCAGAAUUAGAUUUGAGUACGCUUAUAAGAGCAGUAAUUUUAGUAGUUGAAAAUAACUUUUUCAAAAAUAGUUGUUUGAAAUAA